AUGCUCUAUUCAUGGAAAAAAGCCUUAAAGCUGCAAGCUUCCUUUUUAGCCUUCUUUGUAGCAAUCAUUCUCUUUUGGAUGCUCGCUAUUUAUGUUGAUGUGCAAUCAAUUUCAGAUACUGAAGAAAAUGCUGCCGAAGAGCCAGUUUCUUCUGAGUUCUUACAAUUCUCGAAUCCAGACCGGCGCGAAAAGACUUCUCCAGAAAUUUCUUUUGAUGGAAAUCAAAACAAAACUGAAAAUUCUGACUCCCCCUCCAUGAGCGAAAAAAACCAUUAGAAAAUUUCUAUUUUAUUAGUAAAAAACACCCUCCGUGACAUUUUUUAUGAGUAAAUAUUUGAUAUAUAAGUGAUAAUUAUUAUAAAAAAAAUCUCUAUCUAACUCUGUUUAAUUUUAAACAAGUUGUAUUUUAAAACAUAAAUUUUUGUAAUAUUUGCUUUAAAGUUGGGAUUUUUAAAAAAAACUUUUCCGCCUGGGAGGAGUGAAAAUGUUUAUGCCGAACUCAUUCAAAAUUUCAACUCCACUUUUAAUAAAACCUCACAGGAAAUCGAGUCAUCAAGUCCAAAUAUGCAAGAGCAUAGCCAAAAUAAUAUAGAAGAAAACAGAGAAAAGGAAGCAUCUAAAGGUAACGAUUUUUUAAGCAAUAAGCUUAUGAACAUAUCUUCCAGUCAAAUGAUAAAUAAAAGUUCAUCUACUGAGGAAGAGAAUAUGAAAAGCCAAAAUACCGAGACUAACAAAUCAUCAGAAUUCGAUUAUUCAGGGCUUGCUGAAGCUGCUGAAAAAAAUGAAACGCAAAGUUUGAGCAAUUUUAAUACUUCAGACCAUUUUAAUUUUCAAAACAAUUCUGCAGUUAUAGGCAUAGAAGAUAAUGAAGAAAAAAAAUUAUUGAAUAAAACAAAAAAUAAUGCUGGGAUAGCUGACAGCAAAGACAAUAAUGCUACAUCUUUAAGUGUCCUGGCAGAUAUAGCUGAAGUUAAUAGUAUGACUUCUUUUAAUUUCGGUCUUCAUAUACUUAAAAUGGCGAUAGAGUGUAUAACCUCUCAAGUGAUGUUUCUCAUGAAUAUACAGUGCAUUUUUUUUGAGUCAGAAGUUGGCCAGCGAUAUCUAUCGUCCCGAAGCGAGAGACUUAAGCAGAAAUCCACUGUAUUGUAACCUGAUCUGAAUAGCAGUUACCCGUGAUCUCUUGCCGGCAGCACCAGAAACAGUGGGCGCCUGAAAUAGAGUAAAGUGAAUGACCUCAAGUUGCUAUGGUGGCAUGCCCAAAAUUUAGGAAGCGGUUGAGCAUUUUCUUAGAAACGAUCUGGGAGAAGAGAAGGCAAAUUAGGCCAUACAAGUGGUCUCUCUAGUUUAAACGGCUCUAAAAAAGGAGCGAUACUGGCCAAGAUGAUGGGCAGGGAUAAGCGACUAGACUGUCGAAGGGACCAAAUUGGAUAUGAUGAUGCCUUCAACAAACAGGGCCUACCCUACCAAGAGGCCAUGGAUUUCGGGAAGGGCUUGCUGGAGUUACCAGAGGUGGAAGCCACCCCCAAUUUGAUUGCACUGCAUAGAUUCCAUCCAUGUGAAGCGGGAAAUUAAACACCUAUCGCUUAUCUUAACUUAAUUCCAGUCUUCCUUUGAAAAAUGAAUUCUCAGAAAUUCAAAAGGAUACGAGCCCUUAUAGCAUUUCGCAGCCAGAUGCAUCUUUGAGUGAAAAUAAGCAAGAAGAGCCAGAUGAAACGCACAUUGAAAUUACAUCAGAGCAGCUUUCACCAGGUGCUAUCAUCAAAAACCCAGAAAUUAAGUGUAAGCCACAUAUUCUUGGACUCACAAAAAAGCAGGCUUCAACUAUUUUUAGGUUUAAUAAAAGAAAAUUUUCCUGCGGAGAUGACUAUGAUAUUUUCUCUUACAAAGAUAAUGCAAUAAGAAUGGACUGCGCUUUUCAUGGAAAAGCAGAAUUUAGCUUGGGAAGCCUUCCAGAAGUAGAAACCAUUGGAUCUGCUCCAAGCAGCCAAAGUUGACAUGAAUACAGCUCUCCUACGGAUACAGGAGGCUCUGAGUUUGGAUUUGCAAAAUGCGGGGAAUCCAAAAAACAAGCUUUUCUCCAUAACAAGUUUUCUGAGAGUGCCUCACGCAGGGCUCAAGAAAAGAGAAAAUCCAUAGAAAGCAGCUUAAAUCUCACGUCUUCUAAGCCUUUGACAGUCUUAACUGUUGUCUUUGAUUCAGUGUCUAGACAACACUUCUAUCGCAUUCUAACAAAAACGGUAGAUUAUAUGAACCAAAACAUUGCCAAAGGCAAAUUUUCUAAAGAAUUUGCUAUAUAUGAUUUCAAAAUUGAGCACGCAAGCGGCGAAAACACAUUGCCUAAUGUCGUUCCUCUUCUCCUUGGAGAAUCAUAUGACAACCACAAAGAUAAGGUAAGAGGUAGCUCCCUAUCAAAUUCCGAAAGAUUCAAAAGCAUUCAGCAAGAGCACUCUAUAUGAAAGCACUUUGAAGAUCAAGGCUUUGUGACCAUGUUCGGAUGGGAAACCAAAUGGGAUUAUUUAUCCAAAAUGGUAGGCAGAAAGGUUUGAACUGAUCACGUGGUUAGUCGGCUUUAUUUUGCCGCUGCCAAUCUAUUUGGGUUUGCUGAAGAGAGCGACAGAGAGCGGUGCAUUGGCAAUCAUUUCCAGCAUCAAUACCUCUUGAACUACACCAAAGAGUUCAUUAGGAAUUACAAAGAUCACAACAAGUAUGCAUAUACACAUUUUAGCUCUGGGCAUGAAAAGACUGGGUCUGUUAUCAGAACUAUGGAUUCUGACUUAGCAAGCUAUAUAAAUGAUAUUUUAGAGUAUUAUUCACAAAAUGAGGAAGAUUUAGUUUUAAUUUUGACUUCUGAUCAUGGAUUGCAUGUAGGCCCUUGGGAUACAUAUGAAGGAGGCAAAAUUGAAAAUUUGUUGCCCUACUCAUUUUACAUAUUAAAUAAAGAGCUUAUAAAAAAACUUGGGAAAAAUACUCAUGAGACUCUUACCCAUAACGCUGAGCAUAUAACUAGUAAAUAUGACAUGCACGUCUCAUUAAAAUAUCUUGCAUACACUCCAUAUCAGAAACACAUCAAAGACACUCCUCUCUAUAACAGCCUUAAAAGCAAGCCGCUGCUUAAAAAAGCAGUUUCAGUGUUUAUUGAAAAAAUUCCUGACAAUAGGACAUGUGGUGACAUAGGAAACCCUAACUAUUGGUGUGCCUGUCGUAAUUUUGAAGAUAAAAGCGUCACAGACUAUGAAGAAUUGGCAGAGAGUGUUGGGCAGCUUGGGAUCUCGCAAAUCAAUGAGAGAGUCGCAAGAGAUAAAAUGCAGUAUUCUUGUGCCUCGCUAGAGCUUGGCAAGGUCAUUGGCAUAAAGCAUGAGCCAAUACCUGGACUCUCAUAUUUAUACAGUGGGAUCUACAGCCUUAACGUUACGAUAAAAGAGCACCUAGGCUAUAUUUUUACUAUUCAAGCCAUCGCAGUCCCUGAAUGGGAAUAUGGGAAAUAUUCUAGGAGCCCAUUUGAAGGCGAAAUUUUUAAGAUGUCUGAUAUAAAAUUUAAAGACCAACAAUUGAGGAUACAAGUGCAAAGUAUAGUAAGGGCUGAUGAAAAUAAUGAUUAUUGCAUAGAGCUUGGGAAAGGGCUUAUAGGGGGGAAAAUUUCCUACUGUGUAUGCAAAACACCUAAAGACUAUGAAAUUGCUCCAAAAACAGGACAUUCUGAGAAGAAAUUUUAUGAAAACGUUAUGAAAUUGGUUUAUCCAACUAUAGGAAAGGAAGGGACCUCAUGUGAUGAGACCUGCAAAACAAAAGACCGAGACUGCCAAGAGUGGGGGUUACAAAUUAUGAAUAAUUUUGAUCUUUUAAGUCAACAGUGAAAUGGUGGAGUAAGUACAUAUUCAAUUGCUAUGGACGGCGGAUUUAAAGACUUCAAGAAAUUACAAAUAAUGGGGGUGGACAGAGGAGAAAUGCCUGGGUUGAGAAAAAUAAAUAAAGAAACUAGGUUUGUACAAGGAAACUGGACUGAUCUUUAUUGCGAUUCUAAAAUUUCAGACAUAAGACCAAUUUGCUCGUGCUCACGCCAUCAAGUUGAAUUGACUCCCCCCGCCUCGAAGUUCGACCAAGUUUUUUUUGGUCGAACUUCGAGGGGGUUAAGAAAAAUUUUUUAAAAAAAAAUUAUAUAGAAUUUUUUUUAUAUAAUUAUUAGUUAAAAACAAAAAUAUUUAUCAUAUUCGGUAAGGUUAGAAAAAACAGUGCAAGAUAGUUUUGUAACUCUUUUUUAGAACUUGAAUACAAAAAUCGCAAGCUCACCCCCACAUAGUUUUUAAAUUUUUGAAAAAUUGCUUAUUUUCCUAGUAAAUUUAUAUAGGUCUUGGUCGAACUUUGAGGGGGGUUAAUUUUUCCAAAAAAAUAGGAAUUUUCCCUAUAUCUUGGUCGAACUUCGAGGAGGGGGGGAGUGAGGUAA